AUGUCUCAGGCUGCAAAGGCCUCAGCCACAGUGGCAGUGAACCCGGGGCCCAAUGCCAAGAGCAAGGGGGCCCCACCCUCAGGACCAGCCCAGGGGCCCAGCCCUGCCCUGGCCCCAGCAUCCGUGCCCGUACCCAGCGCCAAGGUGGGGGACCUGCCACCCAGGAGCUACCGGGGAAGGAUCUGGCUGGUGGUCUCUGAGCAGGAAAACCUCCAAGGCCGGCGCGUGGAGUUCUCGAGAGAGUGCCCGAACCUGGGAGACCACAGCUUCGACCGAGUGCACAGCCUCAUCGUCACUUGUGGACCCUGGGUCGCCUUUGAGCAGUCCAGCUUCCGAGGGGAGAUGUUCGUCCUGGAGAAGGGCGAGUACCCUCGCUGGGACACCUGGUCAAGCAGCUACCGCAGUGACCGGCUCAUGUCCUUCCGACCUGUGAGGAUGGACACCCAGGAGCACAAGAUCUCCCUGUUUGAAGGGGCCAAUUUCAAGGGCAACACCAUGGCGAUCCAGGAGGAUGACGUGCCCAGCCUCUGGGUCUAUGGCUUCUGUGACUGCAUGGGCAGUGUGAGGGUCUCCAGUGGAAGCUGGGUCGGCUAUCAGUAUCCUGGCUACCGUGGAUACCAGGACCUCCUGGAGCCUGGCAACUUCUGGCACUGGAACGAUUGGGGCGCCUUCCAGCCCCAGAUGCAGUCUGUGCGUCGCCUGCAUGACAGGCAGUGGCAUCGUGAGGGCUGCUUCCCCGUGCUUGCCGCUGAGCCCCCCAAGUGA